AUGGCUGAAAGACUUCGCAGACAGUUUAUGGAAUCUCAGCCUGACUGGUUUCCAACCCAGCAAGAUCCUCGCUUUGGGCCGCCCGCAAAGUACCCCAUCUUCCACACCUUCAGAAAUCGAAUUGAGUGUUCCAAAGCAGGUAUCCAUGCUCCAACAGUCGCCGGGAUCGCAGGCACUGUGAAAGAUGGUGCCUUCUCCAUCUGCGUAUCCGGGGGAUAUCGCGACGAUAAGGAUGAGGGGGACUUCAUGUAUGUAUCCCACUUUGCUUCUCUUGUGGGCACGGGAAACGGCAAGCAAGUCGAGGACCAGUCGUUCACCCACCCAGACAAUGCGGCGUUACUGAGAUCCUUUGAGACCAAGCGUCCUGUACGCGUCGUGCGCGGGUUCAAACCCAACUCUGUAUAUGCGCCUGCACAAGGGUACCGCUACGAUGGGAUGUACGUCGUAGAGAACGCAUAUAUGAGCAAGAGCAAAGAAACAGGAUACAUGAUCUGCACAUAUGAGCUCCGACGUGUACCUGGCCAACCACCCAUCCCGAAGCGCGAGCUCUAG